AUGGCUUCACAUGAGGAAUUCAUUAGAACUCAAAUAUUUGGAACAGUAUUUGAAAUUACAAAUAGAUAUGCCGAUUUAAACCCAGUAGGAAUGGGGGCCUUCGGUUUGGUUUGUUCCGCUACAGAUACUUUAACUCAACAACCAGUCGCUAUCAAAAAGAUAAUGAAACCUUUCUCAACCGCUGUCCUCGCAAAGAGAACUUACAGAGAAUUAAAAUUAUUAAAACAUUUAAGACAUGAAAAUCUAAUCUGUUUACAAGAUAUCUUUCUAUCGCCUUUAGAAGAUAUUUAUUUCGUAACAGAAUUACAAGGUACUGAUCUUCAUAGGUUAUUAGAAACAAGACCUUUAGAAAAACAAUUCGUUCAAUAUUUCCUUUAUCAAAUUUUAAGGGGUUUAAAAUACGUUCAUUCUGCUGGGGUCAUCCAUAGAGAUCUAAAACCAAGUAAUAUCUUAAUUAAUGAAAAUUGUGACUUGAAAAUUUGUGAUUUCGGUCUAGCAAGAAUUCAGGAUCCUCAAAUGACAGGUUACGUUUCCACUCGUUACUACAGAGCUCCAGAAAUUAUGUUAACUUGGCAAAAAUAUAACGUAGAAGUGGAUAUUUGGUCUGCGGGUUGUAUCUUUGCAGAAAUGAUUGAAGGUAAGCCUCUAUUCCCAGGAAAAGAUCACGUUCAUCAAUUUUCAAUCAUAACAGAUUUGUUAGGUUCUCCUCCUGAAGAUGUGAUAAAUACAAUUUGUUCGGAAAAUACUUUAAAAUUCGUGACGUCUUUGCCUCAUAGAGAUCCAAUCCCAUUUUCUGAGAGAUUUAAAAACGUAGAACCAGAUACUGUAGAUUUAUUAGCUAAGAUGUUAGUUUUUGAACCCAAAAAAAGAAUCACAGCGGCAGAAGCCCUAGCACAUCCAUACUUGGCGCCUUAUCAUGAUCCAACGGAUGAACCAGUUGCUGAUGCUAAAUUUGACUGGCAUUUCAACGAUGCAGAUUUACCCGUCGAUACCUGGAGAGUGAUGAUGUAUUCUGAGAUAUUGGAUUUCCAUAAAAUAGGCGGAACUGACGGUCAAAUCGAUACUAAUGCUACAUUCGAUGAUCAGGUUGCUGCUGCUACAGCUGCUGCUGCAGAAGCACAAGCGCAAGCACAGGCACAAGCAAAAGCGGCACAAGCAAAAGCGGCACAAGCAAAAGGUACUUCAAAUGAUAUCUCAAACAAAUUAAAUGAUAAUGUUGCAGUGGACAACAAAGAUAUUAACACACGUGACACAGCGAUCAAUGGUGAUGUCAGUGAUGAUAUAAGUAAUUAUGCCAAUCAAGCCGUCUUGUAUGCCAACGAAUUUCAACAGUAA